AUGGCUUCCGCCGUUGCGCAGCCGCUUUUACAGCCGAGCCCGGUGCACUCGCCGGAUGCUUCACCCCCCUCGGGUCCCAGCAGUGCCGCAUACACGGCAACCUACGCACCCCUGACUUCUGCCAUGCCCCAUGGUUCCGCUGUUCCCGCCGCUCUUCCAAGGUAUUCGCCGGAGACAGUCUCUGCCUCCAAUGCACAGACUGGAUUCCCUUCGUCGGCGUUCCUCGCUGGCGCCUCAGACCCCCGCGCAGCACAGCUGCUGAGUCGGAAGGGGAGCACCGAAGCGGCGGCAAACCAGGCAACAAACAAGCUGAACGAAUCGGGCAUGCUCCCUGCAGUCGAUGCGGCCACGCCUAUCGGCGCGUUUGAGGCCCUGUUUGUCGAGGCAGCCCGCCGCCGGCAGCCCGAGCAUUUCAUGGGGCUCGUACGCCAGCUGAUCGUCGUGUCCAAAGCGCAGACUAACGCUGCUGUCACUUCCGUUCUAACGGAGCUUACCGUUCUCCACUAUGCAUGCUUUCUCGGAGACGUCUCCGUCAUUAAACAACUCAUUUCGGAGUACCACAUGGACCCAGAAGCACGGCACCCUCUCAACGACGACACACCGAUUUUCUUCGCUGUGAGGAACGCACACUUCGAAGUUGUGCGUUUCCUCGUGAGCCUUCUGGGCCCUCGGUGCCUCGCUGCCCAGUCUCGAACGUGCAUGACCCCCUUCCUGGCAACAGCCGCCGCCACCCAUGAUGAGCGGCCCCAUGAACUCCUCAAGAUUCUCGAGUUCAUGUAUCUCCAAGGUGUCUCUCUGGAGGAGCAGAACUCGAUGGGAUAUACAGCGCUCUUCUUAGCUGCAAAGCACGGAAACCCGCACAUCGUGCAGUGGCUGGUGGCCCGGGGCGCGAGCAUGAACCACCGAGACCACACCGGCGGCACGGUGCUGCAUGCAGCAGUGGCGAAGACGGGCGGGUUUUCCGCGGAGGACGAUCCCCUGCAGUUUCUGUGCGAACGCGGAGCCGUGAAGUUGAUCGACACGAGCGCAGACAUUGGCAUCCAGUUUGAGACGAUGCGCGAACGGCCCUGGACGGGGCCGGUCAAGAAGUGCCCGGGAAUGACGGUGUUGCAGCGGUGCCUGGUGAAGCGCCAGUGGUUCUCGUACCUUCUCCUGCUGACCUGGCGACUCCAGUACCAACUGUGCGGCUACACGCGCGCUCUCCGCAGCAGCUACGCGAGUCUCUACUGGGCGAUCACGCUCUUCAACGUCCCCAUUUUCGUGAACGCGCUGUCCCAGCUCCAGGCUCUCGGCGUGGCGUCUUUCUGGGACGUAGGCACGAUCUGGAUCGUCCUCUGGGGACUCACGCAGUUCUGCUGGUGGACCACGUACUCGCGCGACGCCGGGGUGGCUGAGGGCAGUAAGAACCUCAUCAAAGACCAGUAUGACUCGAUCUACCCGGUCAUGACUCCGAACGUCCUCGACCAAAUCCCCCCGCCUUCCACAGUGUCGGCGUUUGGCCCGAACCACUACCGUCUUCUCCAGCUCGAAAGAGAGCAACUUCGCCUAAACUUGGAACUACAGGAGCUGCGGCGAACGCCGCUGCCUUGUCUGAGUCAAGACGGUCUCGCGACUGCGGAGCUCGUGGCCGGGCGAGAAGAAGACACGCGCGUCCUCGUCACGGCCCUCAAGUCCCUCCGAGCAGACGUCGUGGCGCUCAUGCCCGGAGUGGCGACUGAAAGGAGAAAGCGCGUUUCCCAGGAGUACCUGGAGGCUGUCCUCACUGGCCCUCCGACCCUGAAAAGUGUCUGCGUCACUUGCGCUAUCACGAAAACGCCUCGCAUCCAUCACUGCGCGGACUGCGGCCACUGUCUCGAGCGGCAAGACCAUCACUGCGUCUGGGUGGACACAUGCAUUGCACGCAACAACGUCCAGCCUUUCUGGUUCUUCUUGCUCUCCUUGGCGAGUCUGCUUACGUGGCACGAGCACUUGUUGCUUCGCUACUGCGCCCACGUUUUCCUGCACUUAAACCAACUGCUCUGGAUGGCAGCUUCUCUCUGUGCAGUCGUGAUGAAUUCCAUGGCUCUCGUCUUCGUCGUGUACCUUCUCGUCCGAACCACUCGGGUCAUGUUCACCAACGUCACCUAUUACGAGUACCUUAAGAAACCCGAGCACAUUCGACGCCGUUUCAUGGACCGAACCAGCGGCUGGCUGUGGGACUUUCGUGGUUUGUCGUUUGUCGGCAUGAUAAGGAACGCGAUUUUGUUUUGGCGCAACUCGGACUUGCUGGACGAGGAAUACACCCGACCCGCGAGUGGCGGCAACUGCCACGCGUCUCUCCCCCCAUUGCCUCGGCCUAGCUCCGGCUCGUACCUCCCGCUGACGGCCUCGCCGUCGCCAGCAUCGGCCAUCCGAGACGGCACUCUCGAGGCGUCGCUGGUGAAACACCAGGCGCAGUCGCUCGAGCGCUACGCGAAGCCUCCGUCUUUCUACGCAGAUCCGGCCAACUACCCUCUCGCUUCUUUCUCUGCGCCUGGAACGCCUCUGACCGAAAGCACCACGAUGGCCCCGCCCUCCCGCGUGCCGUCUGCAGUGCAUUUCCCUUCGCAUGCGCCGGCUGCGCCCGGCGCUGGUUCCCAUGGUUACCAGAUCCUCCCGUCACAGCCCCUGUACCUGACUUCCGACGCUUCCACGACGGCGUCCCACCCGAACGCGUACGGACCGGGCAUGCACUUCGCCUCGCCGGUCAACUCGGCCACGUGCCCCCCCUCCCCGGCGGAGUUUUCCGCUCCGCAUUGUAUGAAGCCCGGAGAGUUGCAGCCGCCUCUACGAUCGUAUCCUGGGAACGCUCAGGCUUUUUCAGACCAGAAAGCGGUCAACGGACAGCAGAUCUUCUCGUAUCCUAUAUCCGCGGCCACCCAGCCGGUGUAUGUACAGAGUGCUGGCCUCAACGGUGGUUUGUAG